AUGUACCGAGUUGCCCGGGCGUCGCGUGCCCUCGGCGUCUUGUUGAGGAAUUCGAAUAAGGUGCCAACGCUUGUGAAUGCUUCGAGGCUCCUGAUAAAGAAUUCGUCGACGUCCUUCGGUUCUCUUCGAGGUUUGAGAACUUUCUCCACGUUGCCCAACUCCGGAGAUGACGAAGGAUUCGAUGAAGUUCCACCCCCACCCGCCGCUUUGUCACCCGUCACCGUUCCGGACUAUUGGCCGAAGGUCCCGGUGCUCGCGGUCAACCGACAUCCGGUGUUUCCACGCUUUAUCAAAAUGAUCGAAAUAUCUGAUCCUGCCUUAAUUCAACUAAUUAAACAGAAAGUCCGUCUCAAUCAACCCUAUGCGGGAGUUUUCAUGAAGAAGAACGACAACCAUGAGGGCGACAUCGUUUCAAGUCUGGACGAAAUUUACCCUGUGGGAACCUUUGUGCAAAUCCACGAAGUGCAAGACAUGGGAAACCGACUCCGCCUUAUCGUAAUGGGUCACCGCAGAGUUCGAGUGAAGGAGCUGAUCGACGAAGACUCCAUUAUAGAAAACGAACUCACGAAACCCAAAAGUCGGCGUCGACGUCGCAACGGAAAGAGUGGAACGGAGGAUUCGGCACAACAGGAGGCCGCUCAGCCUGAAAACGGCGCAGGCGAGCCCGAGAUCCCAGUGCGCGAGACAGUAUCCGCCGAGGAGAGGAAACUCAAAGUUCUGAUGGUCGAAGUCGAGAACAUCCUACACGAACCGUUUGAGACGACUGAAGAAAUCAAGGCAGUAACUCAGGAGAUCAUAAAAACGAUCCGAGACAUCAUUUCGAUGAACCCGCUUUACCGAGAGUCAAUCAAGCAAGUCAUCCACUCGGGUCACCAGGUCGUCGACAACCCCGUGUAUCUGAGCGAUCUCAGCGCGGCGCUCACGGCUGGCGAGUCCGUGGAGCUGCAAGAGAUUCUGACCGAACAGAACAUUCCCAAACGAUUGUACCUGGCUCUGGCUCUGCUGAAGAAAGAAUUGGAGUUGACGAAACUCCAGCAGAAGAUAGGUAAAGAGGUCGAGGAUAAAGUCAAACAACAGCAUCGCAAGUUCAUGCUCCAGGAACAGUUGAAAGUCAUCAAAAAAGAGCUGGGACUAGAGAAAGAAGACAAGGACGCAGUCGAAGAGAAAUGCCGACAGAAAAUGAAAGAGCUGAACAUGCCCGAGCAAGUGACCAAAGUCAUGGAGGAAGAGUUGAACAAGCUUUCGUUCCUCGACAGCCACUCGAGCGAAUUUAGUGUCACGAGAAACUAUCUGCAAUGGUUGAUAUCGUUGCCUUGGGGCAAGUUCUCCGAGGAGAACCUAGAUCUGGAGCGCGCGAGAGCUGCUCUCGACGAGGACCACUAUGGAAUGGAGGACGUGAAGAAACGCAUUCUCGAAUUCAUAGCCGUGAGCCAACUCAAAGGCAGCACACAAGGAAAGAUUCUCUGUUUCCACGGCCCUCCUGGGGUCGGUAAAACCAGCAUCGCCAAGUCGAUUGCCAAAGCAUUGAACAGGGAGUACUUCAGGUUCUCCGUGGGCGGUAUGACAGAUGUGGCGGAAAUCAAGGGACAUCGGAGGACUUAUGUCGGUGCAAUGCCUGGCAAGCUCGUUCAGUGCCUUAAGAAAGUUCAGACCGAAAAUCCCCUCGUAUUGAUCGACGAAGUCGACAAAAUCGGCAGAGGCCAUCAAGGUGACCCCAGCUCGGCUCUCUUGGAGGUUCUGGACCCCGAACAAAACGCGAAUUUCCUGGAUCAUUACCUCGAUCUCAAUAUAGACCUUUCGAAGGUCCUCUUUAUCUGCACGGCAAAUGUUCUGGAUACGAUCCCCGAUCCGCUCAGAGAUCGAAUGGAGAUGAUCGAAGUCAGUGGGUACGUCCCGGAAGAGAAGGUCAGCAUCGCCCAAAUGUAUUUGAUACCGCAAGCGCGAACGGCUACCGGGCUCACGGACGAUAAAAUCACAGUGGAAAAAAGUGCGAUUCAGACUCUUAUCAAGCACUAUGCGCGUGAGAGUGGCGUCAGAAAUCUACAGAAGCACAUCGAGAAGAUUUUCCGCAAGUCGGCCUUCAAGAUAGUCAGCAAGGAAACAGAGACGGUUGGUGUGAGCGAGGAGAAUUUGCAAGAUUUCGUUGGGAAACCUAUUUUCAUCAACGAGGGUAUCUACGAUAUCACCCCGCCGGGAGUGGUCACCGGACUCGCGUGGACCGCCAUGGGCGGCGCGACCUUAUACAUCGAAACAACGCUGACAGAGCCUGUGGACUACAAGGAGGGCAAAGCCGGUGUUCAUAUCACGGGACACCUUGGCGACGUGAUGAAAGAAAGCGUCUCCAUCGCGCAUUCAGUCGCCAAGAAUUUCUUGGCUCAGACCGAUGCGGAGAACAAAUUCCUGCGGUUCGCGAAAAUACACUUGCACGUGCCUGAGGGCGCCACCCCCAAGGACGGCCCCAGCGCCGGGAUCACGAUGGUGACCGCUCUAGUCAGUUUGGCGAAAGGUCUGCCGGUGAAAAAAGGAGUUGCCAUGACUGGUGAAGUCUCACUGACGGGAAAAGUUCUCCCUGUCGGUGGUAUACGGGAGAAAAUUAUCGCAGCGAAACGCAGCGGAGUUGAGCUCGUGGUUUUACCGGAAGGCAACCGCAGAGACUUCAGCGACCUACCAGACUUCGUUCGUGCGGAUAUUGAGGCGCAUUUCGUCAACACUUACGAUGAAGUGUUCAAAAUCGUCUUUUAGAGUUGAUCGAGAGUCUUCUCCAGAAUGUUAUUUGAAAGCUCCCGAUGACACGUUCCCUGGUCUUGAAUGUGUUCGUGAGAAAAUCUGUAAAGUUUGUAAAC